UUCUGUAUCGGCUUCGCUUUCAAGAACAGAAUAGAACGAGCGCCUUCUAGAAGAAACCCACCCCAGAAGAGAGAAAAUAUCCACUAUAGAUAGAGGGGGUUUUGGUGGGGUGGGAGAGAGAGAGAGAGAGAGAGAGAGACGGCAGAAUCUGAUCGUUUUGGUUUUGAGUGUUGUUGGAGGAGAUGCACAUGGCUUCUAUGAGAAAGUCCUUCAAAGACUCUCUCAAAGUGCUCGAAGCUGAUAUCCAACAUGCUAAUACUCUGGCGUCGGAUUUUCCAAGGGAGUAUGACGGUGCCUGCCUUCAGAUGAGAAUGUCAUAUAGCCCAGCUGCUCAUCUGUUUCUUUUUCUAGUUCAGUGGACAGACUGCCACCUCGCAGGCACUCUUGGAUUGUUAAGAAUACUAAUUUAUAAGGUUUAUGUGGAUGGCACGACCACCAUGUCUACUCAUGAAAGAAAAGCAAGCAUUAGGGAGUUCUAUGCGGUUAUUUUUCCCUCUUUAUUACAACUUCAGAGAGGGGUCACUGAUACAGAGGAUAAGAAACAGAAGGCAGCAUGCAUGGAAAGGUUCCGAAAAAGAGAUGAUGAAGAACAUAGGCAACAUACUGAUGUCGACAUUGAAAGGGAAGACGAGUGUGGAAUAUGUAUGGACAUGAAUAGUAAGAUUGUAUUGCCUAACUGCAACCAUGCCAUGUGCUUGAAAUGUUACCGGGAAUGGUGGUCAAGGUCACAGUCAUGCCCCUUCUGCCGAGAUAGUCUGAAGAGAGUGAAUUCUGGAGAUCUCUGGGUGUUUACUGAUAGAAGGGAUAUAGUGGACAUGGCGACAGUGACCAGGGAGAACCGCAGAAGGCUUUUCAUGUACAUAGAUAAGUUGCCGCUGAUUGUUCCGGAUUCGCUUUUGGACAAUUACGAUUCUCACCUUAGAUAGGCGCCAUCUCCCAGUAGUACUGAAAUUAAUCCCAAAUUAACAAAAGGAAAAAGGAAGUGCUCUGGAUGAGUAGUUUUCCUCUCUUUUGUUUCCAUUACAUAAAAUUCUGCUGAACUCGAUUUGCAUAUUGCAAUUUCAGCGCUUUCUUCCCUUCUUCUGGUCAGAAGAAUCUGACUUAAGUAGUUGGUGAAGUUGAGGUAUGGAUAGAGAUGGGAUUCGUAAAUUGUAUCUAAAGCAAAAUUGUACAUUCUUGUAUAGAAAGCAUUUCAAUUUCUCCUCUCACAA